AUGACUUGGAAAAACGGACUGCAACAAAAUGAGACGUAAUUAUCAUGCUAUACUCUGUCACAAACCAACUAUAUCCCACCAAUCUUCUUUUAUUAUUCCUCAGCUUACCCAUUUUCUAUGACUGACUUUUUCUUUGCACCAGAAAGUUCAACCUUGUAGAAAAAAACACUCCACACACAAACACAUACCAUGUCCCUUCCAAAAAAAACUCCUUUAAAAUUUCCCCCAACACCACAUUCAACAACAACAUAUCAGUAUCAAAAACUAGCCAUGAUUACCCUCUUCUUGAUUGCCUUGUUGGUUUCAUCCAUACCCUUCUCUUUUGCUGAUCCCGACCCGUUACAGGACUUCUGUAUUGCAGACCUGGAAGCUCAACCUUCCAUCAAUGGCUUCCCCUGCAAACCCGCCUCCAGCGUGACCUCUGACGACUUCUUCUUCGAUGGUCUGAGCAAGGAAGGAAACACAGGAAACGUAUUCGGAGCAAAUGUCACAGCAGGAAAUGUUCGUGCAUUUCCCGGGCUCAACACGUUGGGACUAUCAAUGAACCGGGUUGACUUCGCUCUAGGAGCAGUCAACCCACCUCAUAUUCACCCCCGCUCGACGGAGUUGGUUUUGGUGAUCAAAGGAAAGCUACUUGUAGGGUUUGUGACGACUGGGAAUGUUUUUCAUUCCAAGGUUGUGACUCGCGGCAAGCUUUUCGUGAUUCCGAGAGGGCUUGUGCAUUUUCAGAAGAAUGUUGGGAAGGGAAAGGCCUUGGCUUUUACGGCUUUCGAUAGUCAGUUGCCAGGAGUGGUGAACUUACCAUUGACUCUCUUCGGUUCUACACCGCCGAUUCCUAAUGAUGUGCUGAUUAAAGGUUUCCAAGUAGAUGAAGAUGUUGUCAAAGGAAUAAAAUCCAAGUUUGGCAACUAGGCUAUUUUUUGGAUAAGUUGGUGUGUAUUUUUAUCAAACAAGUAGGUGAUUUGUGGGGAUGAUUCAUUUAUUCUUCCCUUUGCUCUUUUGAUUUGCUUGUAUCACAAUUGUAUUUUCUUUUUUUCUUUUUAUUUAUUUUAUGUUUAUACUCAAUAUUAAAGAAUAGCAAUUAUUCAUAGUUCUAAA